AGCCUGUGGGGUGUGGGACUCAGACAAAGGAGACUUAUACUCACUGACACUGGAGCGAAAGGAGAGGCACAGAAGACAAUUCUCAGCUCCUGGACUUCUUUUUAUGUGUGUUCUGGAAAACUUUGUGUUAUGUGUUUGUCAACUGUAUGGAUUCAUUUGUGAGCUGAGAGAUGUUUGUGCUGGAGCAGUUGUUCCCAUAUGCUGCCUGUAGUGUGUAGGAGUGUGUGGGUGAGUAUGUUUGGGAUGGAAAAGUGGGGCUGGCACGACCAACAGCUCUGCUCUUAGUUUUACGCCAUGGGGGGUUGCCAUAGUUACCCCUCGGCUACGAAUGAAGACCGCAAGACUCUUCAUCCUUCUGACAUCAGCGGUGAAAAACUGGGAAUUAAUAACAAUAAUCUGGAGGAGCGUCCAUAUCUGCAGCAGCAGUAUGUGUGCCAGCGGAUCACACACACAGACAUGUUUGCUCUCACGGCGCUGCCACCUGGUGUCGACAAGGCAGAGUGGCUUGCCAGCAACACGGUGGUGUUUUUCAAGCAUAUAAAUCUGUUCUCUAGUGCACUUUCUGAGAUCUGCACUCCCAGUACCUGCCCAACUGCCUGUGGACCAGGCAACACGGUUUAUGUUUGGACCGAUGACCACGGCAGGAAGCUGAAGUGCUCUGCCCCACUUUACUUUGACUAUGCCAUGUCAUACAUUCAGGAGCUACUGACUGAUGAAGACGUGUUCCCCACGAAAGCAGGUUCGGUGUUUCCGACAGGCUUUGUCUUUCUGGUCCAGAAGGUGUUUUUGCUGUUUUUCCGGACUCUGGCUCACAUUUACGGGUCUCACUACAGAGAGACAUUGGCCCUGGGCCUGCACCCACACCUCAACACACUCUUCACACACCUCACACUCUUCUGCCGGCAGCACGCCCUGUUGGAGCCGGAGGAUACUGAGCCAUUGCAGGACCUUAUCACAGCUCUGGGACGGCAAGGCUGAACCUAGUCUCGCAUUGCCAGACCUUCCUCCACAGCGCUGCGAAGGAGGGUCUGGCAAGUCCACACAGCAUUCCGGGAUGGGAGAAAAAUAUGUAUUGUAUACUUACAUUUUCAUCACACACUUAUAUAUUGUUAUAAAGCUCUAUAUAGUGCCACCACUCUGGGCCAACCUUAAACAGAAUGGAUUUUUAAAGGUCUGGAAAUUGUAAAAUAGAAAAUAAAAUACUGUUAAUGAAGAGUAUUUGGAAGAAUCUGUUCUGCUUUAAAAAGCAGUAGCCUCCAUCAGUCCAGAAAAGGAGUAUCUUCCUCCUGUUGUAAAUAGUUGUCAUCAGUUACUGUGAUACUGUGUGAAACUGUAGUAUUGCAUGUUAGUGUAUUUUAACAUAAUGAUGCAUUUUUAUUUUUUGAGGUGAAGAUCUGCAAGGCCAGUCUUCCUCAUAGGCUUUACCCUGUAAUAAAAAACAUUGACUCAUCCAGUUCACAGUCAAUAGAAAAAAUGUGCCAUCCUUAUAUUUUGAACAUUUGCAAAAACCCAUGAAGAUGUGUUAAUAAAAAUGUGAUUACACUGUAAUUACUGCACCUGCACGGAAUGACACGGCUAUCUUUGCAUCUGCAUUAUGAAUGACUGAAAUAAACAUUUAUGACAGACCAUUUUA